AUGACGACUUCAAGCACCCAGUCAAUUCGACAAAAACUGCACAAGACCAGCCGAAAAGUGGAAGAACAACCGAGCAUCGACGCUUUUAUCAAAAGAGUGAGAUCCCUCGUCUUCAUCGCCUAUGCUCCAUCGGGUUCCAGUGAGGCUUUUCACUCUGUUGCUUACGUUUUACGUUUAGUCAAUUCUCGGACAAGUUCAGGUGUGGCAAAUAUUGGACCUGAGAGAAUCUAUUCCGGAAAAUCAGCUCAGGCAACUGGGUAUUCAAAUCGAUUUUACAAGUAUUCACCUGGCUGCGGUGAGGAUGGGCAUGAGAGUGGGUUUGGAGCGCCGCGUGGUCUUCAGAAUGGUUGCCGCCUCUGGCUUGACAGACUGUGCACAUGGAUCACCAACAAAAAUAUAAAGAAACAGCGAGGUGAUGGGUAA